CUGAUCGUAUGCUUCAUAUCGAGCUGGGCGGUGUACAGACCUGGUGCCGGAGCCUUCAACAUAGAAGACAUUGAACCCUCGCUGUGUACACACCUCGUGUACUGCUUCGCCGGACUUGAUGAAGAAACCAAUAAUAUCAAGAGUCUUGACCCCUGGCAAGAUUUAGAAGAUAAUUAUGGCAAGGGAGCCUACAAGAGAGUUGUGGCCUUCAAAGAGAAGCAUCCACAUCUUAAAGUGACCAUCUCUGUGGGCGGAUGGAACGAAGGAUCCAUCAAGUACUCCAAGAUGGCCGGAGACCCAGCAGCUAGAAAAACUUUUAUUGAUAGUGUCAUGGCAUUCUUGGAUAAAUACAAGUUCGAUGGUCUCGACUUGCACUGGGAUUAUCCAACACAGAGAGGAGGAAACAAAACAGACAGGACAACGUAUGUGACACUUCUCAAGGAGCUAUCGGAAGCCUUCGAACCCAAGAGCUACUUACUGACCGCUGCUAUCAGAACUACUAAAGAGGACAUGAAUGCUGUGUAUGAUCUCGACCAGCUCAAUUACUACCUGGACUUCAUCCACCUCAUGACGUAUGACUACCACGGACCGUGGGAUGGACUUAUAGCUCCACAUGCGCCCAUCAAAGGAAGAACUGUUGGUGAUAUACUCAGUGUAGAUUACACGAUACGUUAUCUGAGAGAUCGCGGCAUGACGUUGGGUAAACUGAUUCUUGGUCUGCCGAUGUAUGGACGGACGUACAACCUCGUGCAUGGAGAUAUUAAAAACGUAGAAUUUUAUUCCACUGCAACACUAACUAUUGGUUUCUCUGGACCCUUGAGUAAUGAACCAGCUUUUAUGGGAUACAACGAGAUAUGUUCAGCGUUCAGUAACAGAACCUCUGGCUGGACCAAGGGCUGGCAUGAGAAGUCCAGCACAGCCUACCUCAGGAAUGGAGAGCAGUUUAUAAGUUACGACAGUCCACGGACCAUUGCUGAUAAAGUCAAACUGGGUCUAGACUAUGAGCUGGGAGGCUUCUCAUCCUGGAGCAUCGUGACGGAUGACUUCAGAGGAGCGUGUGACGAGGAACACGACACGUACGCUGAUUACAUAGCGAGGUAUAAGAAGUUUUCAGACGAAGCCACCUUGAAACGAGCUUUGGAAAACUUAGCUGAAGCUGAUAAUAAGAUCAGUUUCUACACCAUCAUAAACAACAAGCCAACAGUGACCUUACCAAAAGCCAACUACGCGAACUACCCUCUACUGAGGACCAUCAACAAUGCGAUAAGAUUAAUAUCAGAAGAAAAUAAAGUAGUAGAAGAAAUAGAUCGCAUUAAACUUAAAAGAACAGACGCUAUAGAGGAAGGCAGCUCCUCAUGUAUACGGACAUGCUCAGAAGUUUGUUUCUAUGGUACAUAG